AUGAAGUUCGCUACCAUCCUCGCUACUGUUUCCCUGUGUGCGCUGGCCGCCUCCGCUCCCUUACCGGCGGAAUCUCGUCGAGGACUGAUUCCCAAGCCGAUGGAUCUUGUUGAGAAGAUGUCUCCGAAUUCUGGAAUCCCCAGACUUGCUGGAAAGCUUACAAAGGCGCUGGGUGUUUUGGCCCGACUAGGCCAAUCAAGGGAUGAGAUCUUAUACCAUGGUGUACCUUCUAAAUGA